GGCGGUCGGCAAAAGUAAUAAGAAACUUCCUUGAAACUAGUAACUCAAAAUUUCGGCACUGAUUUCCUAAUUCUGGUAGAAAUUAUUUAUAAAUUACUUAUAUAAUUCAUUUAAAAAAUCUAUAACCCGUCUUGUGAACGAUUCAUUUUAUUUCAAGUUUUAGUUAUAACAAGUUUAUGUAAUUCGUGAAAGCUGCUGAAUCAGAUUUUCCUCCGAGUCCAAGCGCCAUCUUUUUUGGCACCCACCUUGGUGCCGCCACUGCCGCCGACAAUCGCCCCCCAUGUGAGCCGACUUGCACGCAGUGCCACUGCAAGCGGCUCUGUUUUCCUUUCCUUGGCUUUUCGGAUGCGGAGAACGAAUCGAACACAAAACUUUGACUUCCUGAAGCAGUGACGUUAAACUUUGCCGUAUGAAGGCGCAAUAGCAGUGUUCAGUGUCAGGAGACUGCUGCCACAAUGCAGACAUCAAAACUGAGAGGGCGCCACCGAGGCGCAAAAAUUUCGCCCCCCAAUGAACGUGACAAUGAAAGCAAGCCCAAACCAGGUACUGCAAAACCAAGACAAACUUCUGAUGCUUCUGAGAUUCGCAACAUACUGGAAGAAUCUUUCAGGGAAAAAUCAAGUGAAAAGCUGUCCAAGCGCUCCUCAGCUCGGCCAUCGAGAGAACCCACACCCGAGAAGUUACCUGCCAGGGUCACUCGUAGUUCCUCCUCUCUGAAGUUGCCAAACGACACUAAAAAAAGCCAAAGCAAAGGCACUCCUAAGUCAAAGCAAAGUAAGAAGUAUUCCUCUAGCACGGAGCAGAGUCCACCUCAAAAGACCGUGGAAAUAGAGGUCAUCGAGAAUAUAAAAUUUAUAGCUUCAAAGAGCUUGAAAGAUCUGGAGACGUUUGAGAAGACCAAGGAACCUGAAGCACCUUUAGUACCAGAUGUGUCUACAAAAUCUGUGGAACCAGAAGAUCCUACAGAGGCAGGCAAAGUGUCUGUAAACACCAAGAAAGAGAAUAUUAGCAUGGAGGUGGAAGAUAAUAUUGAGGCAGUUUCUACAUCCGUUACCACUGCUGGAUGGAGAAGCAAAUUUACAGGAGCAUUAAAAGGUAUCCUUGGUUUCGAAAAAACUACUAUUAGUGCUCUACGCACUACCAAAGAUGGAGUGACUAAGGAGGAAAUAUCAGCAGGGGAAACUUCAUCUAUGUCAAAAGAAAAGGAGGGCCCAGAGUCUGCAACUGGUAUAGUGGCAUUAGAUGAGAAAGUGAAAACUGAUUUCGACCAGCGAUGGAAAUCCAUUGCAUCUAAAAUACCACCUAAUAGCAAGAGUGUAGAGGCUAAUGUUCGAACCAUCAGCAAAUCCGAUUUAAAGGAAAAAAGAAUAAAUUUGGAACACUUCCAGAAACGAUAUGAUGAGGCUGUUAAGGUUCGAAAAGCUCAAUUAAAAACUUUAGUGACAAAAGAUGGUACAUUGCCUACGUCUCGCUCGUCUGGUGAAAGAGGUGAAGGAUUGGGAAAGCCUGAGGAAGGAGCCCAGUUGCCAAAGAAGAACAACAAGGAUUUGCAGAAAAAGGAUACUAUUGAAUCUGGUAGCCACGCUGCAGAAAACAAUGGAAUCUCCAUAAAAAUUGCUCAGGGUAAAUGCAUCCUGGUUCCAGUGGCAAACAUGGAUGCCACAAAACAUAUUCUGCAAAAAGAGCUAAAAUUUUCAUCAGAUAGUUCCAUUAAAGAUGAUACUUGUAAGACCGUUGUUGAAAAACAAGAUAUGGCAUCAGACGUUAAAGGUCCAUGUGCCCAUGAUAAAUCAGUGGGAGAAAGUCGACCCUCUUCCAAAUCUGUAACUGCUGCAGUUUUUCCUCCUAAACAAGGUGGAAUAGCCAGACCAAAUAUCUUGAGAAAGAGUAUUCCCUCUGCAUCUAAAAUGCCAGCCGAAAACAAAGCGUCUGCAAUAGAUGGCAAACCUGCUGUUAUUGAGUUGGUACCUGACAAACUUAAAGGAACAGAAACAUUGGGGACAACGGUAGAAGAAAAUAGAGUUUCUUCUGCAAGCCCUGAGGAGAUAAAGCCUGAGGUUGAAGGCGUAGAUGCCAAAAAGGAGAAAGAAACGACCCAAGUUGAAAAGGACUCGUCUUCUGCCAUUUCUAGAACGCAAAAGCCUGAGGGUGAAAAGGAAGAAGCAAUUAAGGAGAAAGAAACUACCCAAGAUGAAAAAUUUGAAAAAGACACUACAAAGCCUGAAGUUAAAGAGAAAUUAGGUAAAGGUAAGAAAGAGAAGAAGAAAAUCAUAAGGAAAAGAUUAGCAAGACGUGCAUGCAAAAGCAAUUCCCUCCACGAGACGAGAAGAAACAGGGCUGUCAUAUCCUACAGGCUUCUCGAUGCUGGAAAGGUCAAUCUGGAGGAUGCCAAGCCAGCAAAAUUUGAGACGAACAAACCUGUGCCCAAGAGGAAGUACAAUGUGAAGACAAUUCCCAAAGCUAAAGUCUUCAAAGAAAAUGAGGGCAGCUCAUUCAAGGAGAAAUUGAAAGAAUUGAGCGCAAAGAGACGGGAAGAACUUGCAAACAAAGCUGGUGACAAGGAAAGUCCUUCAAAGUCUGAAGAUCCACCAGAAGUUUUGAACCAAUCCCAAGCUGAAUAUGCAGUGUCGGCCCUUUUCAAUUACACCAGCAACGCCUCUGAAAUUGAUGUAGAUGAAGAAGAUGACGUGAAACAAAUAAAGAAAAGACGAAAAGUUAAAAGAUUCCAGCCAAGACCAAUAAGAAAGGGAACCUGGAGCCAAGAACGUUUUGAAAUGUACAAGAACCGAAAAAAGAGAAAGCAUGACACUCGCACAAAAGCUGAGCGGGAGCUGAGCCGUCUUGGCCAUGUUGUCAUUAACAUGUCUCAAAAGCCCGUGACACCUGAAGUAGAAGACUCAGACUCAAGUUUUGAGAUCUCUCAUUGCAAAAAGGCAUUCUGCAAACUUGGUUGUGUCUGCCCAAGUUUGAGUGUGCCAAUGCGCGAGGAGUUCCACUGUGGCAAAGCUGAAUGCAUUUUCAAAUGUCUCUGCUCCAAUGCUGGCGCAUCGAAUUGCCUUUUUGACAGCAGAGUAACGGAAAAAACUCGUAACCUCGCCCCUGGCGAAAAAGAGUUCAUCAACACAGUGAUUUCAAAGGGGAGCGAGAACAUGGUAGUUGCUGACAGGGGCAAAAGAGAAAGGAAGAUUCCGCAGCGCCUGCAAAAUGAUUUCCUUACAGGAGAAGAACUCGAGACCGCCUCAUUUAACCUCAAAAAUACGGGACGGGAUUCCAUUGAAGAAGUUUGCACACCAGCUCGCAAGAAGCGAUUGCUGUUGGAAAACUGGAAUGCACAGCUUGUACAGCAACAGUCUGACCGGCAGAGCUCUGUGCCAAGUCCUGAUUUUUUGGAGAAAAGGUGUGUUGGCAGAGUGAAGUACCAUUACGGAUCUGAAGACGAAGAUGGCAAUGCAACUCGGGUUUACAUCGACACCAUUGAGACAUCAGACAUUACUUACAAGCGCAAAGAGAAAAAGAAGCGUGGGAAGGGAAAUGAAUCUAUCACAAAUGUAAUGGCUGAUGCAACUGAAGAGGAUGUGACACCGAAAAUAAUCAGCAUUUCAUCCAUUGCCCCAGAAGAAUUUGAGCGAGCUGACAAAAUUGAGCCUGUGAAAAGGGAGCUGGAAAUCAUAAGAGAAGUCUCUAUUGAUUCGCCCACAUCAUUUGGAAUUGUGGAGGCGCGCCAAAAGGCCAAACUUCGAGCCAUGGAGCUUUUACCUCUUUUUAAGGAAUCCAUCAUUGACGCUUAUAAGUUUAAACCAGGAAUGCUGACUUAUAACAAAUUCUGCAUUGUUGACUGGAGCUCUUUUGUGGAUCGCUUCUACAACCGUGAUCUCCUGGUUUGGGUCGAGAAAGAUGUCACCUCAAUGCACAAGAUUGCCAUCAUAACGAAAGACAAAAAGGAGCCUUACCCCAACUUAAUUGAUGUAUGGGACAUGGCAGAUGCCAAACUACCUCAGGAAAAGACUUUCGAUAAUUUAAACUUGAACCGGGGAUCUCCUAAAUGCCCCUUCAUUCUGUGGUGCAAUGGCUCAUACUGGGAAAUCCUUGGAAAGCUUUCCAAUACACAAAAGCAGACAAACCAGAUGCGCCUUCUUCCUGAGCCCAUUGACAUCACUGAGUUACCAGUAGAGGAUAUUGAAUCCAAGUGGUUCUCUAUUCCUGCAACAUUAUCAAACUCAUUCGAGAAACUGGAGGUCAAAAGUGAAAAAUUUAUUAUUAACUACUUGGCCAUUUGUAAGAUGCUGAAUGUCACUUGGCGCACCAAAAAUUCUUUUGUCGCCAAAAUACAAAAGAUAUCUGGGCCCCAUGUCCACAAUGCACCUCUUGGUUUCUACAGUAUUCCAUCAAAGACUAGGAUCUUUCUUGGCCCAUUCAGGAAACAGGAAUAUCCUCUUGUCAAGCUCAUUCCCUAUCCUGGAAAUAAUAGCUCCGGCCACAUCGAAUGUGUGAUUUUGUCAAAGAAAGGCAAUGGUUCUACUUUUACUCGGUCACUUCAGAGGCCUUCACCGGUCCUGGUCUCAGAGAAGUCUGUUUCUACUCCUGAAAAGAAAUUGCCAUCCAAUCGCUUCUGGAGUGAAGUUGAAGAUGCUGAUGUGUCCGAACAAGGUUUCUGGACUUGCAACCGAGAAGACGUGCAAGAUGUGCCAUUCAUCACUCUGUAUAAUGACAAAGUGAAGAUCAGACACCAGCUUGAUUCUCAAAAUUUGAUCUUUGAAUCGGCAAAAGGUGUCGCUAGGUUUCUUGAUUAUGUGUAUCAAGACACUUUUGACAAAGACGUAACUUGGACCACAAGGCCGAUCAUGUCAAAAGAUAUUUUGUAUGACUUUGACUACCUCAAGAACCAGCAGGGCAUACAUAUCAGUGAUCCAGAGUUAAACCGAGUUUUGGGCAUGGAAGUAAAUGGAAGACCAGUACGAAAGCGCAGUACACCGAAAAGGCUCAAAGAGGAUGAAGAGAGAUCAUCUUUGGAGAUUGCCCUGGAUAGGUGGGAAUCGUUUAAAGAAGAAAUGUUGGACACAGUAGAGCUUGGUUCUGAAACCUCCGUUGAGCCGCAGAGUUUAGGAGAAAAGAUUGCCACGGCAUCUUCUUCGAGUGCUAAAGUGACUCUAAUCUCAAGUCCUUUCAAAGAAACCUCUGCUGGCAAACUGCUGAAAACUGUCCUUGCUGAUUCCGCGUCACUAGAUAUAUCUAUAGUUAAAAAGAAUGCGCCCUCAGAAGUUCCUCCUGUUGUGAACCUGGCUGACUCGCCAGUAAAGGUAGAUGAUGGAUUGGAUCAAGACUCCGAAGCAAUGAAGCGAGAGGAGGACUUGCUGCAGCUCAAACAACAAAUCAAGGAAGCUUUCCAGGUUGCUGGAAAUCUGUAUCCAGCUUUUGAAGAUGGCAAGCAUUCAAGAUCAUUCCUCCUUCAAAGGAUGAACAAUGAAAUUGAGCUUCUGAAACUGCAAGAAAAAGCCCUGAACGAUGCUAUGGAAGAGGCAAAAUUAGAAAAAUCAAAGAUUUUCAAGAAAUUUUCAAGUUUGCCUAAAAAGGACAGGAAAAACAUCCUUCUAGCAAUAAGGAAGCUGAACAAUCCUGCAACAGAGGAAGAACCUCCUAAAAAGAAGAUGAAAGAUGGCAGUGGUGACACCGAGCUGCAAAAACUUGUUUCUGAGCAGGCUCCUCAAGAACCUGCCUAUGUGAAGGCUACUCAAGAACCUGCCUAUGUGAAGGCUACUCAAGAACCUGCCUCUGUGAAGGCUACUCAAGAACCUUCUGCGUCCAGUUCUCCUAAUCAUAGUUUUUCCGGUUUACAUGCUGUCAGCGAGCCAACCAUCACCCCCUCAGGUCCUGUGGUGAAGAUCGUGAAACACAGUGCCACAUCAAAAAUUUACAAGUUAAGUGGUCCUUUGAUGCGGCAGAUUCCACAGAAACUUGCAGUACCUAAACUCAAUGUGGCACACCCAGCCACAGUCUCUACCUCCAAUGGCUCCAGUAAAACAACCAUGAUCAAAACUUUUGAAUGCAAACAAGGAAAUCAAAUUAUCAGAUUUGUCUCGACAAAUAAACCCAGAGGAGAGUUCAUUCGCCUCAACAAUUUGAUUGCUACCUCAAGUGGUAAUGUCGCCAAUGUCGGUAUCAUCCGCCCAUCACUUGCUAUCAAAUCUACUUUCAUGCAUGUUGGAGGCUCUGCAAUCAUUUCAUCAACUGCCUGUUCAUCGGCAACAAUCUCCACCGCAACCGUCAGCUCACCCCUACCAACUGUUGGCUCACCCCUACCAACUGCUGCCCAAAUCAAUGUUCCAAACUUGAAGCAGGUUGAUGCCCAAAUUCCUGCCUUGAGCAUCAAAGCCUCCGUGCCCUGGGUCAAAUGUAUCUCCUCGACUGGUAUUACCAGUGACGAUAAAAUGAAGAUUGCCAAGGACAAGAAUGUUACCCUCAAUACUCUCUUGUCCGCAAAACCAGCAGCAUCAGCAGCUAAUGCUGCAACAAAUCAAAAAACAAACAAUACUGAUGGAAUGCCACGGCUCAUUCACUGCAACCUAAAUCAGGUCCAAAGUUCUCAUCAUGGCCUAGUCAACAGCGAGCCUCCUUCGUUGACAAGCAACGAAGGUGUUCUAUCAAGACGUAGAAAGCUUACAUCAUCUUACACUGCAGCUGCUUUUGAGAUGGCAGUGCAUAGCAUUGUAGAGGAGGGCUCGCCAGUGUUUCGGGCUGCACAAAAGUACGGCAUUCCAAGUCGUACUCUUUAUAACUAUUUGAAGAAAACCAAUGAGAGGGCUAAGAAUGAAUUAUAUGAUGAGGUUGACAUCUGCAGCCAAAGCAGCAGUGGUAGCUCUGUGGAAAUGCUGGACUCGCCAAAAGCUUGAGUGUUGUGCAUGAUGAAAUUUCUACGGUUGUCGUAUUUUUCGCUUAGUACUUGAUUUGAUUAUUGCCUUGUGCAAAUCAGCUUGGAUAAAAUUGGCUUAUUUUAUAAUUAAUUUUAAUUUUAUACAUAUUUGAGAAACAUUGCAACCAAUGUACCAAUAGAAUUAUAAAAUACAUUUUGUUGUCUUUAGGUCAAUUUUGUAACAACUGCAACUUUGAAUAAAAUGAUUAAAUAUCAUAAACAUUAA